UUUUUAUUAAUCAAAACCCUUUUUGCGAAACUCUGUACCAAUUAACAAUAGUCUGUAAGAAGAAGUAGUCAAGUGCUAGACCAUCAGUGAUGAAUUACACAGUGUCCCAUGUGUCCCAUGUGCCCCAUGAAGUGUUGCUCGGUAGUACAAAUGUUCACAAGAAGAAACCGUAUAGUAUCCUAUUUAUAGCAUGGAUCUAUUCGUACAAGUCAAAUCUUAUUUAGCCCUAUAAAUGUUCAGUGAUAAAACUCUGAAGACCUUGACAUAACGUUUUCUAUAAUAUAUAUUAGUUUGAAUGAAGCUCAUCGGACUACUGAUGGAUCAAUGUAUCGGCCGAUGCACGUGUUAUCGAUGACUCAACCAUGCGUUCUUCAACUGGUAUUGCAAGCUAAACACUGAUCUAAGUACCCGUAGACGUAGAGGUAUCAGCCAAUCAAAACACAAAGACUGUUAACAGGGACAAAAGAAAGCAGUCUUCCGCUAAGUACAGUGAACGGAUGAAUAAUUCUUCCAAGAGGUUAUCUUGGUUCAUUAAUUGAUAAACGAAACUUUGGUUGAACUGAUUUCUGGGGUAAAUUAUAGAAGUAUAUCAAAAAGACUGCAUGGAGAAUCUAUAUUCAUUUGGUGCUGGUAGAUGGUUGGUCGUUCUCUGUUUACUGGUCUUUUGUUGCUACUGUUAUUGUGAAGAACAGGACUUCAAAACCACAAACAAUAAGGAGAGAUUUUGCUCUAAAGAUAGCAACUACGAAGAUGGUGAAAUAUGUAUCGCCGACGAAGAACAGAAAUACUCACAGAAAUCGAACGAAAACAAAGUUGAUUUGGAUGGUUUAUCGAUAGAAUUAAAGUUAAAAGAACUUAAUUUAAAUAAAUCAGUCAAGCUAGAGGAUUUAGGGAUCAAGCCAAUUGAACCAAUAAAAGAAUGGAAGUCUGUAGAAAUACCCGUAUUAGAAGCAGUCAAGGUUGGUCACGUGCAAGACGUGGAGGUGAUGCCUGGAGUGACACGACAGAUCAAGACUCUGAGUGUUCAUCCUCCAAUAUUUGAAAUCCCUGAGUUUCUGGACCCACUUGAAUGUGACUUCAUUGUCGCUAUGGCUGAGCGUAAAGGGAUGGCGCCGAAUACGAAGCCAACUUAUAAUGAAGGGAUAACAUUUGAAGACCCUGAAAAUACAUUCAAGACGUGGGAUUACGAUAAGAAUGGCUUCAUUGAUCCAGAGGAGAUURUAUUACUUCCCGGUAAAAUCGAUCUCAGGUUCUCAGAGGAAGAUGCUCAGCAGAUGUUCAAUGACCUCAAGAUGGACGAAGAUCACAAUGGUAAAAUCGACUUGGAGGAGUUCAAGAAUACCGAUCUACUGAAGAUAAAGGAGUAUAUAAAUGAGCGCCUGCAGGACACGAGUCAGCGUCGCAACGCUACAAGUGAGCAGGCGUGGAUAUGGCAUGAUGAAGAUGAACUACUACGAUACCAACCAGAACUGCUGAACCGCUUCCAUGAAAGGCUUGAAGCUGUCACGAAGAUACCCAAAGAAAUUGUUAAAGAAAGCGAGCCGCUCCAGGUCUUAAAGUAUGAAAAGGGAAGCUACAACUAUUGCCACCAAGACUCUGAACCUAAUGUGGGUACAAUACCAUGCUGUCAGUACGGUGAUACCAGACACUGUAGAUUAUGUAGGUUUAUUAGCAUAUCUUAUUUUCUCAAUGACGUAGAAGAAGGUGGAGAGUUGAUCUUUCCUCACGCUAACAGCAGAUUUGAGGAGGGCAUCAUGCUCAACUCAGGCAACUGGACAGGAUUCUUUAACUUUGCAAAGACAACUGGAAGUCGUAAUAUGUUUAACGUACAGCUGACCUUUAAGACUGAAGGCGCUAAUAACGUCAUCCAGGGGAAUGGAACCGAUGAAAGUGGACCUUUUGAGCUGGUCGACAGUCUGGUGGUCGACGAUAUCGUCAGAUUUCGAAAGCGAUACACGGAUAAUAGCGAAGGAGAGUUUGUUGUUAAAUAUGCUGGACGAAUAAAGAGUGGAGCAACAAUAGAAGGCAAGUGGUGGGUCCCAGGCCACCAGAGAAUGAACGGUAACUUCUUCAUGUACAACACUGAAUACGAGCGAUGGAUGGAUCGCCAGCUCCAGAAGUGUGACUCAAGCGCCUACUGUCCAAAGGGUCAACUGGUUAUCAAACCUAAAAAAGGUACAGCUAUCAUGUGGUACAACCAUAAGAUCACUGAAGACAAGUGGAUUGGACCCCUUGAUGACAAGAGUUACUAUGGUAACUGUGACGUCACCAAAGGUGAGAAAUGGAUGGCGACAAACUGGAUUAAUGUGAUUGGUGACGGGAACAUGACAAUGACAGCAUGGAAAGGGGGAAAAAACUGGCUGUCAGUCUUGAACAGAGAGAAAGACGAACAAUUCUUUCAGAAAAUGUUCACAAGUGAAGCAAAGCAAGAAGAUAUAAUUGAGCAAAUGUUUAAGAAAGAUAUGAAAGAGAAAAUGAAUCCAUCGGAUAGUAAGCCGCCAGAGCGACAUGUGUUGAAUGCCGUUACCUCGUUACUAGAAGUACUAGACUAUAAAGAAGUGGCAGAAGUAUCUAAAAGAGUUCAUCAGAAACUACACAUGACGUGUAUUCCUCUUGUACUCAACCAGGAGGGUAAAAUACGGAUCGUGGAUGGAAGCAAAGCUGAUUGAAUCAAGAACAAUCAACACAAGAAAACUGUAAUAGCGUUAAACGCUAACGAACAAUGAUACACUGUCUUCUAGUGUGAAGGCACUUCUUAAUAAAACAUUAUAUACCAGCCCAGGGAAUAAGGGCAGAUAUGUUGAAUAUUUUGUAAAUAAAAGGUUUUUUAAGGCUUCGCCCAUGGAAACA